AUGCCCCCGCCCCCCUCCACGAGCACUCGCCCAUCACGACCCACAUUUCUGGAUGACCGGCGCCGACAGAGGCACAAUACCCCCCGUCGUCUCGCUGCAUAGGCCUUCGGGCUUCCAAAAACGAACGCUGAAUAUUCAUGAGGACAUUCUCAGCGGCUUCAGAGUUUUGCAACUAAUCAACAGCCCCGGUUCGCACGGUGUCUAGAUUGUAUUCAAAUCGUUCUAAAAAGUGCAAGUUAUCCAGAGGUGGGCGUGUUUUCUCCACUGGCGAGGGCCUGUCGCCACAGAGCUGUGCCUGGCCACAGCAGGAAAAAAGUGGACAUUGAGUGGGCAACCGUCCGCGCUAUGACGAGAAAACACGUGUGCUCGUCCAACCGCCUUCGUGACGUCACACACGUGGGUGUGUGGCUCAAGUGGGAGUACAGUGAAAUGACUGUCACAACGCCGUCCGAUCUCGCCAUGUUGAUGUUAUGUAACAGUAGUAGAUCUAAUUGGACAAAACUGUGCUAGAUCGAGCUGUCUUUGAUUGGUACAUUGUGCUUUGUCAUUCGCUGCAUUUGAUUUGUGAUUCCCUUUAUUUGAUUUGUGAUUCGCUGCAUUUGAUUUGUGAUUCCCUUUAUUUGAUUUGUGAUUCGCUUUAUUUAAUUUGUGAUUCGCUUUAGUUGAUUUGUGAUUGGCUUUGAAUUGGAACUAAUUGCUUUUUGCUCAUCAAUGUCUGGAGCUGGGAAUUUUCUGACCAAGAGAAUAGAAUUCUUUUCGACACCAGGGUUGGGAUUUUUUAAGAGCUAAGUUUAGAAUUCUUUUACAUGCCGAGCUAAGAAUUCUUUUCACACCAGGUCUACAACUCUUUUAGAUACACCAAGUUUAGAACUUUUUGAGACGCCAAAUUGAGAACUUUUCAAAGGCUAAAUUUAUAAUUUAUUCUGACUCCAAUUCUAGAACUAUUUUAGACGCCAAGUUUAGAACUCUCUUCACCAAGUUUAGAACUCUCUUCACCAAGUUUAGAACUCUCUUCACGAAGUUUAGAACUCUCUUCACCAAGUUUAGAACUCUCUUCACCAAGUUUAGAACUCUCUUCAACAAGUUUAGAACUCUCUUCACCAAGUUUAGAACUCUCUUCAACAAGUUUAGAACUCUCUUCAACAAGUUUAGAAUUCUUUUACUUUUAGCCACUGAGAUUAGAAUUCUUUUGGACAGUAAGUUUCGAACUCUCUUACUUUACCUGUAAGUUUCGAAUCCAUUUCGCCCCCAAGUUUGCGCGGAGCACGGUGCAGGGAGGCCGACAGUGUAAGACAGGCCAGGUGGGACCGCCACACAUCGUCCGACCUGGGUUGUCCAACCUCCCAUCUGGAGGACGUGCGGGCGAGAAGAUUCCUGACAUGUGAGUCUGCCCAAUGCAUGCCAUCUUUUUCCCCACUCAAUCUGACGCAGAACUUUUGGUUUCCAUUUCCAAUCCCACAAUCCACUCUUAAUAGUGGUGCCUUUGUGUGGCCAAGCUUCGGGACACGUUGGGACACUUUUGUAAAAUUGCCUGUUAGUUUUUGGAGUUUUCUAGAGCCCUUCUCGGAAUCCUCCAGUCAGGGAGUGAGAAAAGUUGAGCUCAGUUCUGUCCCUUGAAAUGGCGGAGAAAGAAUCUGGGUUUGCCAAAGAGGACCAUCCUCCACCAGGCUACCCAGGGUCCGGGUUCGGAUCUGUGGAGAAGGAGUGCGCGUUGGCCUGUUCGUCUGCUAGAGGUGAGUCAAAGACAACCGGACAUCACGUGGCCAGGCGUGGACAGCUGGGAGAUAGAUCGGUGUCCGGUGAGCGGUCAAACAAACACCAGCCGGCAGCGCUAGAAGGAGGGACCUGGCACACACGCGCCAAGUCUGUGCCGGCCGGGGGCGAGCGUGGUGUCACGUGGUCAGAUGGUGCCACGUGGUCAGAUGGCGUGACGUGGUCAGAUGGCGUGACGUGGUCAGACGACGUGUUGUCCGACGGGGAGUGUGAUGUCAGCACUUUGGGCGCACCGUCUCCCUUCACGCCACACACCGGACGACGCAGCGCCCCCGUGUUCACCAGGAGAGGGUUCGGAACAAAAGACUUCUGGAACUACGGCUACACCAGCAUCAACAAACACCUGAAGCAAGGGGCCGCUCAGCAUGGCCGGCCACAGUCUCCUGGGCGGGAGUCAGGCAGGGGGGGCGUGUGGGGCGGCGGGCGGGUGGCAGACACACCCAGCUCUGGCCGCGCCAGGUCCCAGACAUUGGGAGCUGUAGGGAGCAGGCUGAUCAGGACACUACAGGGCACGGUGGGGAGGGUGGGGAAACGGGGCGGGGGGAGACAGAAAAGCGAGAGGGGCGUGCCUGUCAUCAGUGACGGCGUACAGGUGGCGGACGAUCAUCGGCGUCCAAGAACGGUGUCACUGUCCACGGGGGUCAAAGAUUACUUCAGUGACCACGACACAGACUCCAGGCCGCGCGCUCUGCUACAUCAGAAUGACGUCAUGACCCCAAGCUCUGUGCCUCGCGCCACGGCGGGCCAAACAGCAACAGUCGGCGCCGAGGACGGAACAGGCGACAUGGGAAAGCUUCUGGAAGAAUCAGUGGGCAAACUUGUGGACUUGGGAAGCGGUGUCCGGACAUACGGCAGUCUGGGGCAGUUAUCUCCCGCCGCCGGCAAGGAGCCGUGGCUCGGGGGUGACCUGGUCAAACUGCGGGUGGCGCAGUCGGUGCGGGAGUUGGGCGGCGGUCUCACUCCGGCCGGGAAACAGAAAGUGAAAGAUCUGGACCGCGGCGACGGGGGGAGUGGCAGUGACGAGGACGACGAGGAGAAAGAAAAAGACGACACAGAGAGUAAUGAGAGGACUGGCCUACUGGGCGAGAGGUCGGAAGAUUCGUGGUCGGGGAAAGAGGUGAAGACGGCCGUCUACCUCCGCCGCUGGUACCUUCUCUUCCUCUUCUCUUUCUCCGCCCUCGUCUGGAACGCCGUGUGGUCAACGUGGGGGCCCAUCGCCCAGUCUGCCAAGCUGGUCUACGGCUGGACGGACAGCAACAUCGCAAUGUUCACCUGGCUCGGCAACGCCCCCUUCCUGGUCACCAUGUUCCCCAUCGCCUACCUGAUGGACGUUAAGGGCAUGCGUGUGUCGAUGGUGCUGUGUUGCGGCCUCACGUUCCUGGGGGCGGGGCUACGCUGUGUGCCGGCAGACGUCGACACAGCCACCUGCUGUCCGGCCUGUGGUUCCCUCAGAACCAGCGAGCCACGGCCACGGCCAUCUCAACGGUGGCCGGGUAUCUGGGGGCUUGUGUCUCCUUUGUCGUAGAUCGAUAG